GCAAAGCGCGGGUUGUCCGGUUUAGUGUAUUCUGAUUGGCGGAAGCGACGCUGAACCUGUACCAAAGUCGAAAAAGUCCCAAAGAAGUUGACGAUUGGCAACGUCCCCUUUUGUCAGCAACUGCAGCGUCUCCGCCCCGAUAAAAGCGUCGUCGCAAACCUCUACUCUCCGAGCCCUGAUCUUAUCACGCAGUUGUUCGAGGAGACGCUGAACUGCAGGAACAGGACUACAAAGUAUUUGCUAAGUGAGAAAAAAUCUUCCACCCGACACCCACUUCAAGUGCGGAGCUAGACGAGUCGCAGUUUGAAGUUGAUCUUACUCCGGUGCAGAUCGUGAUCGACACCCGCGCUGCCGGCCUUUCACCGGGGUGCAGCGCCGACUUGCGAAUAGACAGAUCAUCGCUACCGCGUUUUGAAGAGCGAGAAGAGCAGGAAGUCCGGUUUAGUACAACGAAGUAAACAAGGACAAAAAGUAACUCGUACGUCAACGUCCUUCAACACAGUACUUCUACUGCUCCGGCGCAAAGCCAAACACCUCCUCCACGAUGGCGCCGAAAACGGUGGGUCAGAUGAAGGACCGGGUGAAGGUCAUGGAGGACGCGGACAGGGAUAAGUACUUGAACGAAAUCAGGAAAAACUGGCUGAAGGAGAAGUCUCUCAUCGAGACGAAGCACAGCAAGUACAACAGCUCGAAGAUUCAGGAGUCAUGGCUGAAAAUCAUGCGGUCAGCGAAGACGAAACAGUUGAAAAGAGAAGUGGAAAUCAUUGCGCAGAGCCACGAAAGGGACAUGGACAGGAAGGACGCAAUCAUGCAAAUGUACGUUUUUGAGAUGGUUGUUUUUCUAAAAAUUGUUGCUUUUGCAUUUUAUCCAUGGCAGUAGUUUUCGCUCUCGUUCACGUAGUGGACGGCAAAAAAUAUCUGCCUCACGCACCCCAGGCUCGACCGCGAUCUGGACGAGGCGGAGGAGCAGCACCAGUUUGCGAUUCGCACGCAUUUGCUGAACAUGGAGACUUUGAUGGAGAUCCAGCAGUCAAGGCUUGAUAUCAAGUGCAAAAAUGUCUGGGUCUGGAAGAAUGCAAGUUUGUCAUGCUUGUCGCACAUGACUCUUAAAUUUGUCAUGCACAUUACCCAAGACCCCCAUUUUUCUGUCAUGCAGAAACGCAGUUUGUCAUGCAGAAUAGGCAACAUCAAGAAGCUCAGAAACUUGUCAUGCUGAGCCAGCACUUGUGGCCUCCUCAUGAUACGCCACCCAGCAUCACAAGUUUCCAGACCCAGACAUUUUUGCAUUUGAUACCUGAGGAGCUGCAGCAAGAUUUCCGCAAGGAGGUGGAGGUAUCAAAUGUGAAAAUGUCUGGGUCUGGAAGAAUGCAACUUGUGAUGCUGAAUUUGGAUUCCAAAAAAAUCUGUAUUGCGUGAGCAGCAAAGGGAAUGCAAUUUUUGCUACGCGGAGAGGGCAUUUGUCAUGCGGAAUAGGCAUCGCGAAGCCCUCAAAAAAUCUGUGAUGCUAGGGCAUGCAUCACAGACAUCAUGGCCAAUGCAAAACAUGCAUGACAAGUGUCAGAAUCUUCCAGACCCAGACAUUUUUACAUUUGAUAGGAGGCGAUUGAGACCGACUGGUCGGGGGAAAAGACGGAGUUGGGACAGUCCGCGGAGAAGAGGAAACGGGAAUUGAAGCACCUCGUCAUGGAAGUCAUGAACGAGGAAAAGAACAAGGAACAGCUCGACCUUACCGAACACCAGUCGUUGUACGAGCUGAUUAGGAAUAAAAACAUCGAGGAGGACCACCAAAUGCGGUCGAACCUCGAGGAAAAAAUAGAAAACAUGAAGGACAAGUGCAACGCGGCGCUGGUACUGAUUCAGCCUAUUUUAGUUCGGGCGUUGCCGGUGUGCUGUUGUUUUUGGUGCAAACGUACCUUAAGAAACAUUUAUUUGAACUACCAAAAAAACACACAGAAUACGUACCGAAUAAGUACAGAGCAGAACACGCAGGACUACAAAACAUUUUUGGCGCGGGAUGCAACCCUGUCCAAGCACGUCGAAAAGAAGUUGAGACAGGUACAACAUGUAGAGGCUUAGAAAAGCUGCAAGCCUUUUGCAAAAUCACUUUUUUUUGCGAAUGCAUCAUGCAAAGUUUAAGUUAGUUUAUCCGCGUGAUUUCUCCGCCCCUACACACACCAACAGGUGGAGCGCAUGCAAGCCAACAUCGUCCACUGGAAGCAGAAGAUACUGCAGAACAAACAGGAGUGCGAGGAAAGAAAUGCGCAUUUGAGAACAGAGAAGGAGCACCUAUUGAAGCACUUUCAGGAUUUGAAGGUAACUACAUGUGAAUGAGAUUUUCCAUCUUUUUGCGCAAGUGCUUUUUGUCAUGCUGGCAGUGAUGAAAGAAGAAUUGGUUUGAACGUCGUGCCAACGCUAUCAGGUGAAAAUGACCAAGUUCCGGGACGAGCAGCACAAGCGAUUAACGGAGCUCACAGUGAACGCAGAAACCUGUCUAGGCAAGCUCAAGGACAACCUCGGCGUGGGCGAGGGCAUCUUGAAACUCGCCGAAGCUUGCAGGAGAUAUGAAACCGAGCGGGAAAAGGUGCUCCCGUUCUACCAGAAUACGCCACUGAAAGGUACUGUUUUUCGUUUUUGGAGGGAAUGGCGCACGCCGUCUUUGUGCGAAUGGCAGUUGGUUUAGGUUUGCGAGAUUCGGCUCGAAUAUCUACAUCGAACAAUCCAUCACAGACGCGGACAUAGAGACGUUGCCAAACGAAGUUUUGCAGCAAUACAUCGCGGACUUCCAAAGCAGACUUGCCGCCGAGAAGAGCGAAAACAUUCUCAAGCUGGAAAAGCAAAAGAAGGAGCUCUUUAACCACCUGUAUAUUUGUGUUUACAUUCUGUCUCCCAUUUUUUUGCGAAGUGCAAUUAGUUUUCCGUUUUGCUUGUGUCCUCGUGAGGUGGGACUUGGAGAAACGUAAUUGCAAAACAUCUCCACAGUGGCGAGCAAAUGGUGCCAAGCGAGGUGCAGGUACAGGCUUCGCCCGAGGAAGAAGAAGACCAAUAUGCUAUGAUAAAAGAAGAGAUGAAAGAAGGUAAUCGCGCCCUUUCGCUUUUCUAAAAUAAUCGGUUGUUUUUCCACGAUGAUAUGCUGUCAUGCGGUUCGUGCUAACCAAAGGCAAAGAUAGACACCGAAAAUCACCCUUAACAGUGCUCUCCGAUAGCAACGCGCAGGAUGAGUGGACGUACAUGGAUAACUUCUUCAAGCGCUUCAACAAGGUCCACCUGGACGUGCUCGCAAUCAAAAAGGAGAAACAGAGGCUGCGCAGCGAGAACACGUAUUGAUUGAUUUCAAUUGCUUUGAUAGAUUUGCACGCGUCUACUUGCAUCAAAAAAGUAAAACGAGCUGCCGUGCUUUUUGUAAUUUCGGAAAAAAAAAUCAUCAAACAGGCAACUCCGUUCCAUCUUGAAGCAGUUCUUGGACGGUGUGGCGGUCUCCGAGGAGGUGCUGCAGAAGCCCAACCCGCUGUUCGUUGUCAACGGUCGCGUGAACCUGAACUACGUGCCACCCAAGAAGGGUGGGGAGACCAGCUCGAAGGUGGUGGUGGAGGCGUUUCAGACCGUGAAAAAUAGCAACGCGAUGCGGGCUUGAGGAAGGUGGCGCAAUAUUAGGCCGGUCCGGUAGAAGGACGCUCCGCUUCAGCAUCGCGAGAGGUAAAAUGCUGGCACUUCAGAUACUUGAGAAAGACAAAAUAAUAUUAAACUGUUAAAGACUCAUAGGAUACUGUUUGCAAUAAAGACCACACGAAGUCGACGACGCGAGGUCUACUCGUCUGAGACAAAAGGAUACUGUUUGGAUAUAGGAUACUCAGGAUAUUAAGCCAGGAAGUUUUACUCAAAUAGGAUACUCGUUUGCUUCAGAAUAGGAUACAGCAGAGAUGUUGGAUGAUCUGUACGCGGAAAGAAAUAAACAGAGGUCAGAACUACAAAAAUGAUGUUUGUACGAACUUGUAAAAUUCUUCGCCGCCAGCGAGCAAUUGAACCCUGACCAAGAAGAUCCGCGUGCGUGCCGCUGCAGGGCAGACGGUAGCGUUUUCAUCAGGGAGCAUUUUUCUGUCCGACGAUGACACCAUCGUGAUCGUUCGCAAGUGCGUUUUGUACGCACAUUUUGCGUAUCUCGAGCGUGUGACGGCUGCAUUCGAAUCGAGCACUUGAAGAGGACGUGAUAAGUAGAGAAUGGAUCGCGGGCGCGUCGAGGGAAAUUGCGUGCUGACGCGCAGCGUGCUUUUCUGCGGA